AUGCUUGGGGCUGCUGAAGCAGUCAGGAACAUACGUAGAGGCGCAUGGCAUCUCAUGUUUAAACACUAGCUGUUGGUAUUUGUUACUUUUCUCUGUACUAGCUACAGCAACACUUAUGAUAUUUUGUUGUUUCAAUAGAACUAAAAGAUGGAAGAUUACCUACAAACAUUGACACACAUGUAAAUGCUUGGAAAGCAGAAGAAUUCCAAAAAUUUGCAUUCCCUGCUAUGGAGGUUGUGAUGAGUGGGCUUAUGGAUGAAAGAGAGUUUCACAUUUUCCAACUAAUGGCGAGAAUGGUUGAGAUGGUUUUUAACAAACGUGAUGAAUGGGAUCACGAUGAUGUCUUUUUGUUUGGGAAAUUGGCAAAACGAUUCAACAUACUAAUUGAGGAGAACGUUGGUUUGCAUGCCUGUGUUGUAACAGUGCACAAUUUAAUCCAUGUUGAAGAGGAUGUGUUCAGGUUUUCACUUCCAGACAACUAUUGGUGCUUCGCUUUUGAAAGAGCGGUUAAGAAGUACAUUAGUAUUCCCAACAAUCACAAAAAUAGUGAAUGCUCAUUUGCCAAGGUAAUCGUUGGUGUGACCAUACUCAGUUCGGCUUUGAUUUUAGCGUUUCUGCGUGUUAAACCGUCAAACUCAACAUUGUUUUGUUAACCAAAAUUAUACCAAGUGUUUUGCUACCAAUGGUUAAAAAUGUGUUAAACAUAAGUACUGUUUUACAGUUUUUGGCUUUGGUCAUAAUAGGUAUACCCUGGCUACAGCUACGCUAUAAAUUAUUUGGACAUCAUUUUAUUAUUUUUUCUUAGUCGUUUAAAUAAAAUUUUCUGUUUUAGAUGGCUGCCAAAACCAUAACUGAAGCCAAAAGGCUGGCCAAGAGUUUUGGAAAUUCGCUGAAUCAUGCGACCAGCUGCAAUGAAGGAAUCCUUGUCGGCGGACUGAAUUCCAAUGGAGUACUUCUAACAAAAGAAGAUCAACAACUUAUUCUUACUUGUAUGCAAGCAUCUGGCCACGUUGAAGAAGUAAAUAUAGCAUUUCAAUUCCGGAGUCUCUUCAAACCACUUCAAAGUGUUGAUGGUGUUCUUUAUAGAGUCGACGAAGAUAUCGAUCAUUUAUAUAACAUCUAAUAAUGUGGAAGAAGUGGCACGAGUCGAAGCGUUUUUAUCUGUCUUACUUAGUGGAAGUUACUGCACAUUAGCAAAGAUAAAGCUGUACCAAAAGCUUGAUGAUGAAGACAUGUUAGGUGAACUUAGAAAUGGUGAUAAAAUUGUCGAAAUAUCAAAUGAAAUUGCCGUUAUUACUGCCACAUGUAUUUAUCGAAAGGUGAUGUUGUACCCACGUCCCGUCGAUGAUAUGGACACCUUUGCUGUUGUAGAUUUUGAAAGACCAAACUUACCAAUAAACUUUGCAGAUAUUACUGUACCAUUUUACCCCAUGGUGAAUGACAUUGUUGUUAUUAGAGGGGAAAAUGACGAGGUUUGGGUCGCAAAGAUCCUCAAAGUAUACACUGAAGAAAAAACUGUGAAAGUGUGGUACUACAGAGAGCAAGGACAUGAAUUGUUUGUACCAGAAGUUUCCUCACAAUAUGCAUUAGACAUUGUCAACUGGGACUCUAUAGUUCAUCUUGUUCCAGGAAUGUAUAUAUAUAUAUAUACAGUCCUGCAGGACCCGCAUGCAAAAUAUUCAUUAGAUUAAAAAAAUCUGAUAAAACACGAACUACGAGUGAUUAAAGUGUUUAAAAUAUAUAUGAACCACCUUAGUAGUAAUAAUAAAUUGAGAAAAUGAACAUGAAAAUUUAGGUAUUAAUUAACAAUGAUUUCUAUCACAUCAAUUCAUUUGUGGUUUGCUCAUUACCUGUAAUUUAAUUCGCUCAAUGGUUCAGUAAACUCAGUUAUGGAAUUUGUCUCAAUGAGGCAUUUUGUAAAUACAGUAAUGGACUCUGUAAACCCAAUGAUGGAUUCUAUAAAUCCAACAAUGGAUUCUGUAAACCCAAUGAUGGGUUUUAUAAACCCAAUGAUGGAUUCUAUAAAUCCAACAAUGGAUUUUGUAACUUCCAAUGAUGUGUUCUAUAAAUCCAACACUGGAUUGUGUAAAUCCAAUGAUGGAUUCUGUAAACCCAAUGAUGUAUUCCAUUUACCCAAUGAUGGAUUCUGUUAACCCAACAAUGGUUUCUAAAUCCAACAAUGGAUUUUGUAACUUCCAAUGAUGUGUUCUAUAAAUCCAAUGAUGAAUUGUGUAAAUCCAAUGAUGGAUUCUGUAAACCCAAUGAUGGAUUCUGUUUACCCAACAAUGAAUGAAUGAAUGAAUGAAUGAAUGAAUGAAUGAAUGAAUGAAUGAAUGAAUGAAUGAAUGAAUGAAUGAAAAACUUUAUUUUACAAGGGUAGCACAUAAUAGUGAAUUCACACUAACAAACCUGUGGCCCUCAGAUACAAUAAAAUAUUACAAUAAUACAUACUAGAUUAACUAAACAAUAUAUAUAUAUAUAUAUAUAUAUAAAUAAGAUUUCUAAAAUACAAAAUUAGUAGUUUGAAAAUAUUGUAGUAAAAGUAGUAAAAUGUUUAUGUUCUUUCUGAUAUUCUAAAAAUAUAUUAAUAAUAGACCAUUUAAAUGUUUUGGCUGAUGCAAUGGAUCUUAUGUUCAGCGGUAAACUGUUCCAAAGUUUACUUGUGCAUGUUGAAAACCUUUUACCACCCUCAGUUAGACGAUAAUAUUUCGGCGUUCUAAAUAACAGUCCUGCACCACGUGUGGAACGAGAGUGCACUUCGCUAUUCAAAACCAGCAAAUCUUUAGAUAUUCUGGUCCCUCACCAUUAAUACAUUUAUGUGCCAACAUGCACCUCCUGAUAUCUGAUUCGACAUAAAAAGGAAUCCAAUUAAGUUGAUUGAAUGCAUCAAUAGACGGAUGCCGUGGUUCCAAAUUUAAAAUUAUUCUAGCGGCACGCUUCUGAAGCUUGAAAAGUUUCAAUAUGUUGUCUUGUCUACAAUUAGACCAGACAACACUACAGUACAAUGAACAACGGCUUGAUCAUUGCAUUAUAGAACAAGACUCUUUCAGGAAUUGGAAGAUACGAUAGAUCCAGUAGAUCCUCAAACAGAAAGCAUGGACCGCAACCCAGGCCAUCCGAAUUGGCACAGUAUUGUCACGUCUCCCAUAGCCUGCGUAGCGGCUGUCAGAGAAGGGACAGCCUGCACGAAACCCCAUGCUAAACCGUAUUUACUCGUUCUCUCAGAGGACGAGAAAUCUGAUUGGUUCAAAAUGAAAAAAUAUGCUAAUGUAUGCUAAAAUUAUACAAACUCUUUCAGGAAUUGGAAGAUACGAGCUGACUCGCUUCAAAAUUCCAAGUCGCUUUGAAAUUUUCUUUGAAGUAGAAUUAACGUGAUUGUCAAACGACAGUUCUGAAUCAACUCCCACACCCAGAAGUUUAGCGUUACUCACUUGAGAAAUGUUUGAGCCAUUUAAGUUAAUAUCAAUGCCUGUGGCAAAAUGUACAGUAGAACGUUUCCCACCAACAACCAUAAUCUUCGUCUUAUCCACAUUCAGUGGUAAAUUAUUUAAAGUUGCCCAUUCAUCGACAUUUGCCAUUUUCCUUUGUACCUUAUUUUGCAGCUCCUGAAUCUGGUCUCGAUCACUAGAUGCAAUAACAAUGGUAUCAUCCGCAAAUAAGUCAGUUUGUGAUUGAGUGUAUAAAGGAAGAUCGUUAAUAAAAAUCAGGAACAAGAGAGGGCCAAGAAUUGACCAAUGAUGGAUUCAAUGAUGGAUUCUGUUUACCCAAUGAUGGAUUCUGUUAACCCAACAAUGGUUUCUAAAAUCCACCAUGUAAUUUUGAAAUCCAAUAAAGGGUAAUACGAAACCCAUGAUGGUUUUCUCAGACAAUCAUGGAUAAUAAAAAAGAUUAUCCAAAUCUAUUAUGUGUUUUGAAAAAUCCAUUAUCAGGUUUAGAAAAUCCAUAAUGGAUUUUAUAAAACCCAUAAUGUAUUUUGUAAAUCACAAUAAUGGUUUUCCAUAAAAUUUUCCUGUGCCCAUUGCAUUAGAGGAAGAAACUUCCCAGACUUGCACAAGAGCAAAAUCUAUAAUCUUCCCUGAAUCUUUGUCCAUUAAAUUGUUUUUCAUAUGCAUUGUUGAUCACUGGAAAAACAAUCUUAUCCUGCACAUCAUAAAAUUGGUCUUUAUUAACAAACUUCCAAUUAAGUGCACUAGAUCCAUAGGAUCCCCCAGUGAUGACAGUAGCAGCAGGAAUCAAAACGUUACUAGCUGGCUUGUUAUCUAUAUCUCUGAUUGUGAUCUCCAGUGAAAGAUAUCGUUGUUAUAACUGUUGCUUUGAUUGUUACUGUGCUACCAGUGUUAGACUUUUCAAUCUCACAUAGAGAGAACCUCACAUGUCACAGUUGAUAAAUAGCUGAUCAAGCAUACUUUCAAAUUACAAGCAUAAUUUAAUUUUUUAGUUCUUCCUUGUCAGACUCAGCAUUGGUGUCUAAUUCUGAGCAAAUAUAAUCGUCAUCACUAUCUGAUGAUGUGUCAUCCUCGUUAACUACUGCAAAUGUUCACACAGUCUGUUCAGAAUCAGAUAUAGUGUCAUGUUUGUGUCUGUUUGAAGGAGAGUUGACAAAAGGAUUAUUGCAAUACAGAGCACGGAUAGUCGAUGACGUUUGUCCUUUCGUCUCCAUCAGUGUUUAAGGAGGAGUAAGAACUGGACAACUGUUAUUUAUAUUGCGAACAGUAGCAGAUUUUUUUAAUUUUUAGAUUUAUUUUACGUUGGGCAAGUGUUUGUGAAGCAAUACUCCCAUUUUAAUAUUUUUUGAAACUGGACCUCUGCAUUCAACAAGAUCUUCAAUUCAGACAGUGUUUCUGCAUCCUUACAUGCAUUAGCCAUUGCAUGCUCUUCGCUGUUUAUUGUUAGUAGGCUUGCUACUUCCUGCAAAGAAAUCCACGUUUUAUGCCACUUUUGAAUUAAAAUAGUCCAACCCAGUGGACCAUUUUAAUUCAUUACUAAAGUACUUAUGGAUCGAAUAGUAAAUAUACUAAUAAAUCCUCCCCCUGCACUCAUGUUAACACAUUAAGUGGCAAUGCGCCCUGAGAUUGGCAAGGGUGUAAGCAGCAAUGUGCCCGCAUGCACCCUGAAAUGACACCUUAGCUUGCAGGCAUGAUUACUAAGCAUGUGUUGAUCGGGUUGCCUAGCAAUGGAUACGAAAAUAGACACACACAAGUUUUCCCCACUUCAUCUAUUUAUACUUCUUCAUCAGAGUCCAUUCCUGCAGCUCCAGUAGAUCCAGUAGAUCCUCAAACAGAAAGCAUGGACCGCAACCCAGGCCAUCCGAAUUGGCACAGUAUUGUCACGUCUCCCAUAGCCUGCGUAGCGGCUGUCAGAGAAGGGACAGCCUGCACGAAACCCCAUGCUAAACCGUAUUUACUCGUUCUCUCAGAGGACGAGAAAUCUGAUUGGUUCAAAAUGAAGAAAUAUGCUAAUUUAUGCUAAAAUUAUACAAACACGGCGGAUGUAUUAUUAUUGAGAGGCGUUUCUUUGAGUUUUGCAUUCAAAAGAGCUUAAAAGGCUACAAUUUACGGUUGAACAAUAAAGGUAUUUACGAACUUGGUUCACGAAGCUCUAGAGAUAUUGACUGUGGUGUCUUCAUUGGAUUGAUGUCUGUUAGCAGCGCCUCUUUCACAAGCGUGUUCGUUUUAAUCAAUUCAUCGACGACAAAUAGAUUUUUUCUUCAUGAUUUUGUAGCUAAUAAUUUUGUGCCAGGAGAGAAUUGCUGUAAAUGCUUAUGUCUUAUGAACAGGACUUGCUCUCUCUGAAGUGAUGGCUUUAGACACCUUUAAUAUUCUCUUCUCUGCAUCGCCCGAAACUUUAACAUUUAAUACAUCACGGUUGACCGCUGUCGAAACUAUAAAUUAUAUUUGUAGGUUACUUGUGCGAGAAAGCUACGAAAUAUCGUAGAUACAGAUUGCAAACUACUUGUGACAACGAUGAAGAUUGCCCUAGGCCUAGCGCUAUUCCCACAGACUUCAAUUUUCUUUAGACAUCCGUAUAUUAUUUCGUUUAGAAAUUUGCGAACAUACAGCAAUCUAUAUUUCUAUUUCAUUUUGACAAGUACAUUUGCAACGUAAACAAUCUGUGUGAUUGGCCAAUUUUGACAUCUGUUUAAAGUGGGCAUAGCCCGCAGGCUAGGUGGGCGGAAAUGGUUUGGCAUGGGGUUUCGUGCAGGCUCUCCUUUCUCUGAGCUGCUAUGCAGGCUACAUCUCCCACAAUUAAACUAAGAAGAUCAAGUAGAACGAUCAAACCACAGAAAAGGCUUAUCAAACCAAAUUUAAAUAUUUAAUUCAUUAGGAUAUUUGCUUAAGUAUUUUGUAUUUACAAGUUAGAAAUAUAUUAGUUAUUUUAUUUAGCAAAAUCUGACAGCAUUUACACCAAGCGGAGAGGUAUUAUGGUAUUAGAUUAAUAUAUACAUUUACUACAUGAAGUACUGGGUAGGAGCCCACAGUCUACCAUUUUAUUAUUUAGUUGAAAUUUAGUGUGUUUUUGUUUGUUUUUUUAUUUAAACACAUUUGAAAUGAUUUUCUCCAAGAGCUGAAGCUCAUCAAGUAAGAUCAUGACAUAUUAAUUACUGUACAGCACUUGACACUUUAAAAAAAAGACACGCAAAUAAAAGAACAUAAUAAAGAAAAAGAUAACAAUAAUAGAUGGUUAUAUGUUAAAGCUUGACAACAAAAUCAUGAAUCAUGUACACAGUUGGUAAACCGUUUAAAAUUCAAUAUAAACAAUUGGGCAUUAUGCAAUAAUGUCUGGUUAUCUGCAUAUCCAAGUUCAUCCAAGCCAUGCAAAAAUAGGUGUACUUUCUGAUUUUCUGAUAAGCUCGACCAUAUAGUUGGUAGAAGCCGUGCAGAUAUAGAGAAUAAUUUUUUACGUUGAGCAGUAUAUAGCGGAUGAUGUAAAAAAUAAUGACUCCAAGUUUAAAUAAUUCCUCAUAAUUUUGAUUUAAACAAAGAUAUAGAUUCCACAUUACAUAAAUUACGAUCAAGUUCAUUCCAAGCAGUUAUUGACGAUGGAUAAAAAGAUUUCUUUAGACGCUCAGUUUUAGAAGGGAUGGAGAUAAUAUUUUCACUUGUUCGCAAUGAAUAUUCAUAUAUUUUUCACUAACCUGUAAAGGCAGAAUAUCAUGUAGGUAGGAUGGAGUGAGAAGAUUAAUAAUUUUAUAGAGAAAAAACAUCUUAUGUAAAUAUCUUCUAGUUUUACAAUCUUCCCAGCACAGUUCGUUCAAUAACCGACCUUUGCUUGUGUCUUUAAUAGCUCCUGUGACUAUGCGUACUGCUUCAUAUUGGAUUCCUUCUAAAAUGUUGCUUUCAUAUUCACUACAUCCAUCCCAGAUGACAUCUGCAUACUCCAUAACAGGUCUUAUUAAUGAUUUGUAUAAAGAAAUAAGAGUCGACCUAUCUAGCCUAUAUUCCAUACUUUUUAAAACAUUCAGUGUUUUGCUAGCUUUUUUAUGCAUGCCAGAAAUAUGUUGUGACCAUGAAAGAUUUGAUGUAAGAGUUAAUCCUAAGUGAGUAUGGGAUGUAACUUCCCGUAGUGGCUGAUUAUCCAAACAUAAGUUUGGAUGAAUUGGUUUUACAUACUUUGUGGAGAAAGUGAUAGUCUCACAUUUAGAAGGAUCCAUAUCCAUUAACCAAUGUUUACACCAAGCAUUAAUUUUUUCUAAGUCCUUAUCUAAUUUGGAUGCGGAAGCAAUCGGGUUGUCAACGAUGAGUAAUGAUGUGUCAUCAGCACAGUAUAGGAAAAGUACAGUAGGGCCACUCAGCGUAAAAAGGUGUCCACAUUGUUUACUGGCUGCCAACCUAAUCUACAUAUUGACAGCCAGUAAAUGGCAGCAGUUCACUAUAAAAUUGUAUUACAGAGUAAUUUUGGCCGCGUAAGACACCUAGAACCUAUCUUAAAUAAUGCCACUUUUCUCUCCCCUAAGUGGCCCUACUGGUUGUCUCCCUAUACUGUGUCAUCAGCAUACAAAAAAUAAUUAGGACUGGGUUCAAAUCACAUUGAGAAAGUUCUCACUAAGAUUUGAACCUGCGACCUUAGUGGUGAAAGGCAAGUGUGCUAUUAAAUGACUUUGCCACUGAAGCCCACUUGCACAAGUCAUUCACUGAUUGGUGUCCAAAUAUUCAUUUUAUUAUCCUGUGUAUAUUAGGAUAUUGCAAUAUUUUUAGAUAUUCAUGUAUUAAAAAUUGAUGGCAUGAAAAGAGUUUAAAUUUGAAAGAAUCUCGUAAUUUUUCUUGACAGAGACCAUGAUGAUGAUGAUGUGGCCUAUUAUGAUGCUUUUGAUCUUUUUGACUAUGAUGAGGAGCAAUUUGAGAAAACUGAUGAUUCUGUUCCUGAAGAUCAUGCUGAAAACAAAAGCAGAAGUAUUGAGUUUGGACCACACCCUAAAUUCAGUUGA